UAUGCUCCUUCAUGAGGAAGAAACGUCUGUCUUUUAAGCUCCCUGGAACAACUGGGAUAUAGUUCCUCAUUUCAAUCAGGGAAUUUCUGAACCAAACUGCUAAAACAGAGUAUCUGAGUAGCACAUUUCACUUGCGUACAGCAGCGUUUGUUCAUUUUUGAGUGUUUUUGGACAGGAAAUUGAUCUACAGGGUAACAUUCACACAAGAAAGGAAACAGUAUGGGACGAUGGCUUGUUAGUACAAGUGACUCUGUUUUGGAAAUUACGGACAAGAAACCUUGGUGGAAGAACGGCAUUAAAGAUCAAAAGCAUGAUGACUCCUGAUGAAAACAUCCCCAAAUGAUGAACCCACAAGCAAAAAGGAACUUCUACUUGGCGGCACCCGACUUGCUGGAUCCUAAAUCUGCCGCUCAGAACUCCAAACCGAGGCUCUCGUUUUCCACGAAACCCACAGUGCUCGCGUCGCGGGUGGAGAGUGACACGGCCAUUAAUGUUAUGAAAUGGAAGACGGUCUCCACGAUUUUCCUGGUGGUUGUCCUCUAUCUGAUCAUCGGAGCCACCGUGUUCAAAGCGUUGGAGCAGCCUCAUGAGAUUUCGCAGAGGACCACCAUUGUGAUCCAGAAGCAGACAUUCAUUUCCCAACACUCCUGUGUCAAUUCGACUGAGCUGGACGAACUCAUCCAGCAAAUAGUGGCAGCAAUAAAUGCAGGGAUUAUACCUUUAGGAAACACCUCCAAUCAAAUCAGUCACUGGGAUUUGGGAAGUUCCUUCUUCUUUGCUGGGACUGUUAUAACAACUAUAGGAUUUGGAAAUAUUUCACCGCGCACAGAAGGGGGAAAAAUAUUCUGUAUCAUCUAUGCCUUACUGGGAAUUCCUCUCUUUGGUUUUUUGUUGGCUGGAGUUGGUGAUCAACUAGGGACCAUAUUUGGAAAAGGAAUUGCAAAAGUGGAAGAUACGUUUAUUAAGUGGAAUGUUAGUCAGACCAAGAUUCGCAUCAUCUCAACAAUCAUAUUUAUACUGUUUGGCUGUGUACUUUUUGUUGCUCUGCCCGCGAUCAUAUUCAAGCACAUAGAAGGCUGGAGUGCCCUGGAUGCCAUUUAUUUUGUGGUCAUCACUUUAACAACCAUUGGAUUUGGUGACUACGUUGCAGGUGGAUCAGAUAUUGAAUAUCUAGACUUCUAUAAGCCCGUCGUGUGGUUUUGGAUCCUCGUUGGGCUUGCUUACUUUGCUGCUGUCCUAAGCAUGAUUGGAGACUGGCUCCGAGUGAUAUCAAAAAAGACAAAGGAAGAGGUGGGGGAGUUCCGAGCCCACGCGGCGGAGUGGACGGCCAACGUCACGGCCGAGUUCAAGGAGACCCGGAGGCGCCUGAGCGUGGAGAUCUACGACAAGUUCCAGCGGGCCACCUCCAUCAAGCGGAAGCUGUCCGCCGAGCUCGCAGGCAGCCACAACCAAGAGCUGACCCCCUGCCGGAGGACCCUGUCGGUGAACCACCUCGCCACCGAGAGGGACGUGCUGCCUCCCUUGCUGAAAACGGACAGCAUCUAUUUGAACGGAUUGACGCCACACUGUGCGGGCGAGGAGAUUGCUGUUAUCGAGAACAUUAAAUAACCCUCUCUUUGAAGAACCUUAGGCCUAGCCGUAGGUGAGGACCUCUGUAUGCUCUUUAUGACUGUUGCUGGUAGCGUUUUUAAAAAAAAAAAAAAAUUGUGCAUGAGCUCCAAAGGGGGAACAGAAUAUAGAUAACACCCGUCAUGGCCAUGUGCCAUCUGGCGAAUUUGGAAUUCUGAGCCAGCACAUCUUUCUGAUGAUGCUUGUGGAGCGGUCCACUCUCUUUGACAAGUGGAACAACACAAGCAAUGUCUGAUGCCUUUUUGUGCCCAGACUGUUUUCCUCCCUCUUUUCAUAAUGUGCCAUAAGGCCUCAGAAUGAAUUAUAAGUGUCUCUGGUAGUAAUGUAGCUUCGAGGGAUCAGUCCUUAACUUUUCAGGGUCUACCUAACUGAGCCUAGAUACGGACCAUUUAUGGAUGACAACGUUUCUUUUUGUAAAUGGCAAGAGAUUCUUAUGCAGCCUUUUACCUAAGAAAUUUUCUGUCAGUGCCUUAUCUUACGAAGAAACGGAACCUCUCUAGCUAAUGUGUGGUUUCUCCUCCCCUGCCCCACCCCUAGGCUCACCUCUGCAGCCCUUUAUCCCACCACUCCCGUUUGAAUACCAUCCCUUGCUGGAAACAGCGUGUAAACUGACUGAAGUGAUGAUGCCCGAAGAAGGAAUAGAUGCCAAAUUAGAUGGACAUUGAAGCAACACUCAGAAAUUCUAGCAUUAAAGGCACUGCAAAGAAAUGAGGUGUGCAGAUGGUCCCUCUGAGUAUUUAUUUGACUCAGGUACCAGUGGUACAUACACACAGCGUAAUGGUUUCCAGCCUGGUAAAAUUGGCUGCUCCAAACAGUCCCUUCUUUCCUGGCAGUAUUUGGAAUUUAUCAUUUUUUAAGAACUACACAUUUUGAAAGGUGGAAGCAGAAGAAAAAAUAACAUAUGUGCAUAUGUUAUUUUUAUAUAUAAUAUUAUAUAUAUUAUAUAUAUAAUCUGACAAAAGAAAGCUGUUAAACAUGGAUCUUUUGGAGGCGAUUUAAGACAAUUGCUGUGAAUUGCCCUUCUGAGGAAUAGAAGAUAGCAUGAUACUGUGUUAAUGACCAUUUGCUAAUAAACGUUAUACUGCCAGCACCUAUUUGCUUUUUUUGAUGGGAAGGCUUAUCUGAUUUUCUCUCCCCAGGUGACUUUUGCCAGACAGGAAGGUGAUGCUGUAGUCAGAGUUGGGUACAGCCUUGCCUUGUGUGGGUGUCCCUCUGGAGCUGUGACUGAGCAUGAGAGCAGUUGAAAGUGGGAUCAUUGUGAUAUUGCACAUGGAAAAAAUACAGAUUGCAGGCAUAAUUCGUCUUUUGACAUUAGAGAAAAAGCUGUUCUAGCACAAUUUAAAUCUUGAGAGUUUUUUUUUUUUUUUUUUUUUUUUAGAUAGAAAAGGCUGAUAACCCUUUUUAGUUGAAUUUUAUAUCCUGUAACUCUUUGGAUGUUUCCAAGAUUCAGAAGAAAUUCAUUAAAGGCACCUAGUAGAUUGCUACUCUUUUAUUUUCAUACUUAGAUCUGCUGUACAUUGUAUAUAUAAUUUUUCAAAUGCAGAAAGAUGACUUCCCCAAAUACAAUUGCAAAGCAUUUCUUUUAUUCUGGGAACAAGGGUGGUGGAAAUAUCUGAAUAAGAGGCAUUCCAAUUAGGAUCUUAAAAAAUAACCGAGGAUCUUAAAACAAACAUCUAAAUAGAUGCUUAUUUUCCGAAAUUUACAUUUAACCUAGAUGUGUAAAUAUUCAUUUAACUUGUUGAAGGUACUUUUAUAAACUUAAAAAAUUCUAACCAAAAUUUUAGAAAGUCAGGCUCUUUUAGAGAGAAAGCUACACCCAUUUCCUCAAUAACUGUUCUGAAAGUCCAUAUGGUGGAAUGCACCAUGUAUAAACUGUGAAUUGUAUUGACAAAUAAAGUUUGUAAUUAAAGUCAGCAUUUUUCUGAGUCUCCUGCUUGCUGCUGAGAAUGUAGAUGGGAUUCUAGCGGAGUGGAACUCCAGGAUGUUGCUUUUCAUGCUGAGUUUUCUGUGGCUCCUUCGUUCACAAUAUUCAAGAAAUAUUUUUGAUGCAGUCUUACUACCCUUGUUAAAUAUGUGCAGAAUGUUCUUCCUCGUGACUGUUAACCAAGAGUAAAUAUCCAGAAAACUGCCUUUUGAAAUAGGAUAUUUUAAAUGGCAUGUAAAUUCAAGAUUGUUUCUAUUAAAUUAUGACAUGUUAAUAUCUUAUUUUAUCAUUGUUAGACCUUGUCUCGACACUGAAGUACUCUAAAUGCCAAGCACAGGCACCUGAAUAUUUUUUGCAAGGGAAAAAAACAAUCAAACAUCCUGGUAGUUGCUGAAUCUAGUCUUCUGGACCUCAUAUCCCCAAAUAUUUGAACAACAUACCUUAUCUGUAUCUUGCAUAAAUUUAUUGAUUGAUCCCCAAACACCUUCAUUCUCAGUAAAUAUCCUAAAACUGGUUCCCGACAUUAUCCUCAAAAUUGGGGAAGAUCUAAGAAAAACUGUAUUCUAGCAGUUUUAUUUCCUCAAGCUUUAAUGUAUUUACCUACUGUGGAGAGAACAUGGAGACAGAUUUUGACAUAGUCUAGAAUUUUCUAGAGAAUUUCUUUUUUCACUGGACCAGUUUAAGAGUAAGUAGUUUUACCCUUAGGAAUAUCUGAAAGAAAAAAUAAUAAGUACUAGAACCAACAAGGAGCCCUUUGAUAUGAAAUCUUAGACAUGGAUUCUAGAUAAGAAUUCCUCUAUCUUACAGCUAUUGAAUGUAAAAGGAUUGUUUUGGAGUUCUUUCCACUUCUUAUACAAAUCCAUAUAUUUUGCUCUCUAGUUAAUGUCACCUAUCCUUUUUUCAAUAAUAUUUCACAUUCAUAAUAGAGGAAGAAGUGAAACUGCUAAAGCCAAGAUGGAGUUGAAUCACUUGUGUCUUACCCGUCAAAAAAGUGGGAGCAGUGUGUGUGUAGGACUUUGUUUUUCAAAUUCUAAGGAACGCAUGACAUAAAACAAAGACUAAAUACCACCUCACGUUGUAUAAAAAAAUCUGUAGAAUUCUUUGAUUCUUAAGGCUAGAGUUUUAAGCAGACUAAGGGAAAUUUUAGAUGGAAUACAAAAAAAAAAUUAGCCAUUCUGAAGACUUGAGGUAGCUAUUUAUGCCUAGGAACUACAGACUUAGAUCAACUUACAUUUUUGUUUUCCUUUUUUAAAAAAAAUGUUUGCUGUUCUAGUAAAAUCAUAACUUAUUUGUGAUUUGCAUUCCUUAUUACUAAAGUGCAAGUAUAAAUUUGCUUUUGUAUAAAGUAAAGGAUGUCUCUAUUUGAAUACUCAUAAUACCAUUAAAAUUAAUAUAUGAUUUUA